GCGGCCGAGUAAAAGAUCGCCAUUCUCUCUUCCUCUCCCCUGCCUCCUCUUCUCCCCCUCGCCCCGUCGCUGGCGUGACCCCGGCCCCGAUCUGCCGCCCUCCCUCCUUCCGAUGGCCGGAUGUGGUGGCCACCGGUCCCCUCCGUCGAUCCGCAGCGCGGAUCCGUGCCGCCACGCCCGUGGGUCAUCGUCCGCGGGCGCUUCCUCGAGCCGCCGCCGGUCCCCUUCGUCGACCUACAAUGCGGAUCCGUGCCGCCACGCCCUCGGGUCAUCGUCCGCGGGCGCUUCCUCGAGCUGCCGCUGGUCCCCUCCGUCGAUCCCCAGCGCGGAUCUGUGCUGCCACGCCCACGGGUCAUCAACCGUGGGCGCUUCCUCGAGCCGCCACCGGUCCCCUCCAUCGAUCCGCGGCACAGAUCCGCGCCGCCACACCGACGGGUCAUCAUCCGCGGGCGCUUCCUCGAGCUGCCACCGCUCAGCCGAUCCGAGUAGUACUAUGAAAAUGGAUGGGAACAACAGAGGAGGUGGACAUUAUGAAGCAUUGAAGAGCUACAAUCUGGGCGAAACGUUUGGUGCAGGCACAUUUGGAAAAGUGAUGAUUGCAGAGCAUAAGCUUACAGGACACAAAGUUGCUAUAAAGAUUCUGAACCGUCGUAAAAUGAAAACUCUGGAAAUGGAAGAGAAAGCAAAUAGAGAAAUCAAGAUAUUGAGGUUCUUCAUUGACUUUAUACACCCUCAUAUCAUCCGGAUUUAUGAGGUCAUUGAGACACCGAAGGAUAUAUUUGUUGUGAUGGAAUAUUGCCAGAAUGGUGACCUAUUGGACUACAUUGUUAUGAAAAGGCGGUUACAGGAAGAUGAGGCCCGUCGAAUCUUCCAGCAGAUUAUAUCGGGUGUUGAAUACUGCCACACAAACAUGGUUGUUCAUCGUGAUCUAAAGCCAGAAAACCUGUUACUUGAUUCCAAAUAUAAUGUGAAACUUGCUGACUUUGGGUUAAGCAAUGUGAUGCAUGAUGGCCAUUUUUUGAAGACUAGCUGCGGGAGUCUAAACUAUGCCGCACCAGAGGUUAUCUCAGGUGAAUUGUACGCUGGACCUGAGGUUGAUGUUUGGAGUUGUGGGGUGAUACUUUAUGCUCUUCUUUGUGGUGCUGUUCCAUUUGAUGAUGAAAACAUUCCCAAAUUGGUCGAUAAGAUAAAGGGAGGUUUCUACAUCCUUCCAAAUCAUUUAUCUGAUCUUGCAAAGGAUUUGAUCCCAAGAAUGCUUAUUGUUGAUCCCAUGAAGAGAAUCACAAUCUGUGAAAUUCGAGACCACCCGUGGUUUCAGAAUCGCCUUCCUUGCUACCUGGCAGUGCCUCCACCAAACAUAGCACAGCAAGCCAAAAUGGAGAUUGACGAAGAUACACUUCAAGAUGUUGCCAAUCUGGGAUAUGAUAAAGAUCAUGUGUGUGAAUCAUUGUGCAAUAGGAUGAAAAAUAAGGAAACUGUUGCAUAUUACUUGCUCUUGGACAAUCGGUUCUGGGCUACUAGUGGCUAUUUGGGGGCUCACUAUCAACAAGAAAUGGAUAUGAUUUUUAAUCAGUUUACUCUAUCGGAAUCAGCAAGCCCAAGUACCAAGAAUUAUCUUCCAGGAAGUAAUGAUUCUCAUGGCGGUGGCUUGUGGCCAUAUUACAGCGUUGAAAGAAAAUGGGCUCUUGGGCUCCAGUCUCGAGCUCAACCUCGCGCGAUAUUGAUUGAGGUUCUAAAGGCACUUAAGGUAUUAAAUGUCCGUUGAAAAAAGAAUGUGGACUACAACAUGAAAUGCAGGUGGUGCCCUGGGUUUCCUCAUGUCAGUGAUAUGUUGUUAGAUGCCAACCACAGCUUUGUUGAUGACUCUACUAUCAUGGAUAAUGGUGAUGUUAAUAGGAGGCUACCUGUUGUGAUCAAGUUUGAAAUUCAGCUUUACAAGACCAGGGAUGACAAGUACCUGCUAGAUAUGCAGAGAGUUACUGGACCUCAGCUCCUCUUCCUAGAAUUUUGUGCGGCCUUCCUUACCAACCUUAGGGUUCUAUAGCUGGUGCCUGUUCUGGUUGAGUGGUGAAUAGCAAAACAUAUGACUGUCCCAUGUGGUGUGGUUCAUGGUCGCAAUGGUGAAUAAGUGAUGGUGUGCAAGUAUGUAGGUUAUGUGUUUCAUCUUCGGUUUACCCUGUCCCUGACAGAGAACCGCGUUUGUUUGAGUGACUAGUCCUGUGUCAAGCACCAAAAAGGUUAAGUGGUUGUUAUAAAUAAGACUUAUGUAUGGUAAA